AUGCAAGCAUUCAAAGGGGAAUCCCACUAUUUGCCAUGGAAAGGCGGGUUUUCACGUGACAUUGUUACGUACUCGACCUUGUUCGUCUAUAAUCGGGCAUAUAUUGGAUCGUCGUUUUGGUCCCCAAAAGUUGUACAACCUCCGGUCCCCUUAUCCCACGAACGGAAAUUUACUUGCAGCAAUCAGGCCUUAAAAAACAUGUCUGUAAUUCAACCCAAUGACUCUAUCAGAAAAACAGCUCAUGUUAAGUCAAGUGAAGAAUACAGCUUGAUGUGCAACAGAGCCCUAAGCAAUCCUAAAGAAUUUUGGUUGGAAUAUGCCAUGAAGUUUCAUUGGCAAAAACCACCUACCUUCGAUAAAUGUCUGAGUUACAAUUUCGACUACCGGAAAGGGCCAGUUUUUGUCAAGUGGUUCGAAGAUGGAAAAACAAAUAUAUGUUACAAUGCUUUGGAUCUACAGGUUGAAAAAGGCCUCGGUGAUAAGAUUGCAAUUCUGUGGGAAGGUAAUGACCCGAAUGAUACAUGUCGUCUUACCUACUCUGAGAUGCUGUCUAAGGUUAAACGAAUUGCAAAAAUGCUCGAAAACCUGGGUGUUCGAAAGGGUGACAGCGUUGCCAUUUAUAUGCCCAUGGUCCCAGAACUACUAAUGACCAUGUUUGCAUGCACUCGUCUUGGUGCUGUACAUUCAGUUGUAUUCGGUGGAUUCUCUGCUUCUGCGCUGGCUGAUCGAAUCAUGGAUGCCGGGUGCAAAAUUCUAAUCACUGCUGAUGGGACGUGGAGAGGGUCAAAGCUUAUUGAGCUCAAAGCGAUUGCAUCAUCUGCAAUGAGUAUAUGCCAAGAAAAAGGUUAUUCUGUCCAACGAUGCGUAGUAUUUCAACAUGUUACUGCUGUUCCACCCAAAGUUAAAAAUGGCAUAAAUAACUGUGAGAGUAAAGAGGGUGUUCGACCGGCUUCAGGGUUAAAUGUUCCAAUGGAAGCUGGUCGUGAUGUUUGGUGGCACCAGUUGAUCAGUAACAUACCUGAAAAUGUUGAUUGUCCUGUUGAAUGGGUCAAUGCAGAGGAUCCAUUAUUCAUACUUUAUACAAGUGGUAGUACAGGACGACCAAAAGGUGUUGUACAUACCACAGGUGGCUAUAUGGUUUAUGCAGCUACAACAUUCUUUUAUUCAUUUGACUAUCAUGAUGAUGAUAUUUACUGGUGUACUGCUGACGCUGGGUGGAUAACGGGACAUUCAUAUGUUGUGUAUGGACCUUUGUUAAAUGGUGCAACAACUGUAGUAUUUGAAGGCAUUCCAACAUGGCCUGAUCCAGGCCGGUGUUGGGCUAUAGUAGAUCGUUACCAAGUCACGAAAUUCUAUACAGCUCCAACAGCAAUUCGUACUCUUAUAAAAGCUGGUGAUCAAUACGUGAAAGCUCAUAGUCGUACAUCUUUGAAGGUCCUUGGUACUGUAGGUGAACCAAUCAAUGUGUCUGCUUGGCUAUGGUAUUAUAAUGUUGUAGGUAAUGGUCGAUGUUCUAUUGUGGAUACCUUUUGGCAAACAGAAACUGGUGGGCAUAUGAUUACUUCACUUCCUGGAGCAAAUCCAAUGAAACCAGGUUGUGCUACUAAACCUUUCUUCGGUGUUGAUGCUCGUAUACUAUCAGAGGAAGGUGAAGAUUUGACCAAACAAAAGGGUGUGGAUGCUGAAGGCUUUUUAGUAUUUGCUAAGCCUUGGCCUGGAAUGAUGCGAACAAUAAACAAAAAUCAUGAACUCUUUGAAAGUACGUACUUUAAACGAUUUCCUGGUUAUUAUGUUGCUGGUGAUGGUGCUAGAAGAGACAAAGAUGGGGACUUUUGGAUUACAGGUCGGCUAGAUGAUAUGUUAAAUGUCAGUGGUCAUCUUAUUAGCACAGCUGAAGUGGAAAAUGCUCUUCUAUUGGAUCCAAAUGUUAGUGAAGCUGCUGUAGUCAGUCGAAAACAUUCACUUAAAGGAGAAUGUCUGUACUGUUUUGUUACACUGAAAGAUAUUGAAUCCACUGGUACUUCGAAUGUUUCAAGUGGUGGUCAGCUUACUCCAGAGAUAAGAGAAAAGUUAGUUGAUAUUAUCAGAAAGAGAAUUGGCCCGUUUGCCGCUCCAGAUUACAUUCAGAGUGCACCUGUAUUACCAAAGACACGUAGUGGUAAAAUUAUGCGACGUAUACUACGUAAAAUAGCUAAUGAAGAUUAUGAUUUUGGCGACACAUCCACCUUACUGGAUCAUUCAUGCUUGGAUAACCUUAUUAAAUUCUCGAAAUCGAUACUUAAGUAACUCUAUUACAUAAUCUAAUUAUUCUGGAGGAUACAUGCAUAUAUAUAUGUGUAUACAUAUAUUAGCACUUAAACUGUUUAUUUAUUCAUGGAUGGAUACAUAUUUGACUACUUAUCUCCUUACUCCAUUCCUAAAUAAGAUAACGUUUGAUGAUGCAUUCACGUUGUUAAACUAGCUGAAACAGAUUUCAUUAUUCUGUUAUUUUAAUUAUCAGUGUUGGUGUGUUCUCUUGGUCUCAGUUUAUAUUUAUAUUUAAGGAAUUUUUAUUCAGUGUUUCCAGUUUGCUGCUUCUCACUGUCUUCUCAUGAUCAUCAGGACUAAUGUUGACUAUCACACACACACACACACACACACACACCAUUCACACGUGUUCUGUUUAUUGCUUUUUUUUACAAUCACACUUUCUGCUUCUGAAUUUUUGUUAUUUAGUCUUAUCCUUAAAUAAGUAGUAUUACAGGUAUUCUAUCUACACUUAUAAAUAACUGUUUUUAUCCUUCUUACAACAAAUAUCUGUUAUCAUAAAAACAGUGCCCUUCAGCGUUGUCCACUCAACCCGCGCCCCCUCUGAAUCAAGCAAGAAGGUUGUGGGUGUCUUUGUGUUACUGCCUUUUUCAUUCCCUCCUAUAUAGUAGAAUAAGUGAACUACAAUCUCGUGAAUUCACCCCCACCCCAUUAAAUAUUCAAUUUUAUUAUUAUAAUUAUUUAUAAUAUUAUCGGUGCCAUUAUUAUUAUUAUUGUUAUUAAUAUUAUUAUCUUUGUUGUUGUCGCCCACCCAACGUAUACUUUAUUUUCGACGUCUUCGAACGACAACAACAACAACAGCAGGCAUUUUCUUUCAUCACCAAGUUUAUUACCAUGUCAGUUUAUGUUUUUAUUCUCUCUCAUCUUUUGUUUUUUUCUAUCCAGUUUCUUUCAAUCUCUUAUAUUGCUGCCUAUUUUCUAGUUCAAAAAGAUUAUCUAUCUAUCUCAUUGGUUGUGAUCGCCGCCUCUUUUAGUUUGCACCCCACUGUUUCUUUAAAGUCAAAUAGGGAUAUUAUUGUAUCCAAUUUCUAUAUAAGUUAUUUAAAUAAAUAUAACCAAGUUACAUACGUAUUUAAAA